UGCGUGCUGGAGAGGCCGAGCGCGAGCGUUUUUUUUUCCAUUCCCCUCCUGUGGUAGAGGCGCGAGACCCGCUGAGCCAUCGAGGGGGAAGGAGAGAGAGAGAGAGAGUGAGAGUGUGUGUGAGGGGAGUGCAGGAGGAAAAAGUAAAAUAUACACAGAGAGAGGAAGAUUCGUGAAAGAAAGCGCGGAUCAGGGCUUUUUUCCAAUCAUUUUUUUCUCCUUUUUUUUAUUUCCCCCUUUUUUUUCCUUCUUCCAAGAUGUCGGUCCCAGCGACAAAGAUGAGUAAAAAGGAGGUGAACUCGAACCAUGAUGGAGCAGAUGAGACCUCAGAAAAAGAGCAACAGGAAGCCAUUGAACACAUUGAUGAAGUACAGAAUGAAAUAGACAGACUGAAUGAACAGGCAAGUGAGGAAAUUUUGAAAGUAGAGCAAAAAUACAACAAGCUACGCCAGCCAUACUUCCAGAAGCGGUCAGAACUCAUUGCCAAAAUCCCCAACUUUUGGGUGACUACGUUUGUCAACCACCCACAAGUAUCUGCGCUUCUGGGAGAGGAAGAUGAAGAGGCACUGCAUUAUCUGACGAGAGUGGAGGUGACAGAAUUUGAAGAUAUCAAAUCAGGCUAUAGAAUAGAUUUUUAUUUUGAUGAGAACCCAUACUUUGAUAAUAAAGUUCUGUCCAAAGAAUUUCACCUGAAUGAAAAUGGAGACCCAUCUUCAAAAUCAACAGAGAUCAAAUGGAAGCCAGGAAAGGACCUGACAAAGCGCUCCAGCCAGUCGCAGACUAAAGCAGGCAGGAAGCGACAGCAUGAAGAACCAGAAAGUUUCUUCACCUGGUUUACUGAUCACUCGGAUGCAGGUGCUGAUGAGCUGGGAGAGGUUAUCAAAGAUGACAUCUGGCCGAACCCACUGCAAUACUAUUUGGUUCCUGAUAUGGAAGAUGAAGAAGGUGAUGGCGAGGAGGAGGAUGAAGAUGAGGAGGAAGAAGAAGGAUUGGAGGAUAUUGAUGAAGAAGGAGAUGAGGAUGAAGAGGGAGAAGAGGAGGAUGAGGAAGAGGAGGAGGAAGGUGAAGAAGCUGAGGAGGAGGAAGGCGAAGAUGACUGAUCUGGUUGCUGUUGAUAUUCGCCUCUAAUUUUUUUUUCUUUAGUCCCUGGGAGCAAGUUGCUGUCUUUUUGUGCUCAGUUUCCUUGCUCUCCUGAGGUCCUUAAACCAUUAUACACAAUUGGGAUGAGUUACAUGCGCAAACAACAGUGGCAAUCUCUCUCUGCCAUUUCCGUGAACUGAUAUGAAUUCUCCUAGCACCAGCUGAUCAGCACAUCAUCUUCUGUAGUAAUGUGAUUGUAUUUUUUUUACUUUUUAUUUUAAGCCCCACCCCACCCUCCCACUUCCACCCACCCCUCUGCUGGAAGCCCAGAACUACUUUCUGCCUUUGUGGUGUGACUAUAGAUCAUUUUGAAUAGGCUUUUUUCUUACCUGUUCUGGCCCAGAGAUUACACUGUGUUUCCAUGUGAUGUGGACAAUUAGCAGUUACCAUCAAGUCCUUGUUUUCUUCUCUCUUGUAACAAAUGGGUGUCACUGAGGCACCUAGGGUAGUUGCAGACGGUUGGGUUCUAAUGGGUGGGUUUGUUGGGUAUUUUGAGGCCUGGCUGUACUUAGCAUGUCGAUGCAUUGUAUAUUGAUACAACAUCCGUGCAACCAAACUUUUAAAUAUUAAUCGAUUUGAACCCCACAGCAGAUGGAGGAGUAACAACCUGUAGAAUCUUAUUGGAAUCUACACUCUCUAAUGUAAUUUUUUGUUUCACUGGAAAGGAAAUUUGCUCCGUUUUAAACGUUAGAGUGUACAAGUUGCUUUGUUACAAUAAAACUAAAUGUGUACACAAAAAGUGUGUGGUGAGUUUGCUUUUAAUCUGGGAUGUUUUGCCGACUUAAUUGCAAUCAAUCUAGAAUGGUUAUUUUUGGUAAAUGCUUGGUGGGGAGGGUGGAAAUUGUACAGACCUGAGGUAAAUGCUUCAGUGUCAAAAUUGAUUUCAAACUGCUUGCUCCAAAUUAAAUCCCUGUUAUUAUCUUCUUAAAAGACCAAAUUGUAACAACUUUAAUAUGUACACAAAUGAAUCUGCUACAAGUAUCAAGGAACAAAUCGUUGGAGUUGUCUGCGAUGUUCUAGAAACUUCUGAGUUUGUAAUAAUUAGAGAUCCAUUCUGUAUUUAUUGGAAAUGAGAUUGUAAUUAGAAAGGGCAGAUUGCAACCCUGAGAACUUGGUGUUCUCCUUCAAUAAUUUGGGUCUGGGUCCAUUGUCGCAUUGUAAGUGCUUGUUUAAAUUUGAAUACCACAAAUUUUGUGGACUGUUUGUAGGCUUGCUUUUAACUACCAAAAUUGCACUUGAUUUAUUUUGCCUCUUAGUUCCUAAAUUCUAUAAGUUGGUAUAUAAUGUAUAUAUUGUCCUGGCAGUAGUUGCAAAACAUCCUUUGAACUGAUGACUUUUUCUUUGCAACUGGAGUCUGCCGUAAUUGCUACACAUUUAGCACCAAAAAUGUAGUGAUGUGUGUAUAUAAUCAACUUUUUAAAAGCCUGCCACAAAGUUUGCAGAAAGUUAGACUCUUGUGUAAUUAUUACAUUUUAUAAUUAUUGGUGUGCAAUGGAUUUGGCACAAUUCUUGCAAAUUCAUCAUAUUUCUGGUAGUUCAAAAGAAUUUGUUGUGCUGUUUUAUUCUAUUCUGGCUCCACUUGAUUAGGAAUGAGGUUGUGGCAUAACUAGCUUAUCACUACUAGUUUUUGAGAAUAUGGGAUCUUUUGUCUCUCUUUUUUUGACAGGUUGUGUGUGGGUAUCCCAUUCAAUGCUGCCUGUAGUAUUUAAUGUACACUUUUGUUCCUGUUUCAUGUUUAAUUAGUCAAUUUUUCUGAUCUUUCCAGAAUUUGUACUGAUUAUACUAAACUGUGACCUGGUUUGAAUUGCUAUUGUAUAAUGAAAGAAGUUGACCUGAUUACAACUGUGUUUCUUGAUUUAUGAGCUUCUCCUGUUUUCAUUAACUCUUACUUGAUAACUGUUUAAGAAUUUGAGUUGGAUUUCUUUUUGUAAUAUUUUGCUUUUUAAUCCUUUCCAACUUGAAACAUUUUCAAUAACUUUUAGGGGUUUUGCAGUUGCUGUAGGAGGGUAAUGGUGCCAUCUUAUUACAGUGAUGAGUAGGCAUUGUGAUAUUGCUCAACAUGUUACCUCUCGAUCCUGAGCCUUGCCAGAAUGGUGUAUAAAUUGAUUUAAUAUACUUGUCCUAGUUAAUGCUGGUAGUUGAUUGCUGCCAACUUCAGAGAUUUUCAUAUCUAAAUCUUCUCCAGUAUUUCUUUAGAUUUCAGUAUAACCUGAGCAGCUCAUGAAUACAGUUGUUUCACAAAUGCAGUUCUUCAGUUUCUCCUGGUGUUUGAAGAUUGUGUCUUCGUGAGAGGGAAUUGUACAUUUGCAUGUUUUUCACUUUGGAGAAAUACAUUCUCCUGAACAAGUCCUUUGUUUGUUGAUGCAUUCUUGCCACUCCAGUAGAGACCAAGAAACUUAGUUGAGUAGUGGGUGGGAAACCCUCUUUGGGAUGCAAAAGAUAGCUGACUGGUACCAACCAUGCCAUUUUUUUUCUUUUGGCAGACUGAUGGAUUGACUAAUAAUUCUACCACCAGCAAUGCAAGCAUAAGGCAAGGCAUGUGAUUCCUUAAACUAGUAAUAAUGGACCUGAACACUUCCGUCUAAAAAGAAUGAUGGUAUACAAGAAGCCUAAUGAGUAUAACCAGAGCUGUAGUUAGUUUUUUUUUUAUUUUGCUUACGUAAUUGUCCUGAUAAUAGGAUCUAGCUAAGCCAUUGCUUUGCUUAGCAAUGUUCUGGAGAGCAUGAUGUCUAUAAACCACAUUUGAGAAUGUUCCACUGGAUUUAUAGACACUUGAUCUUUAAAUGUAUUGGGUUUUGUUUGACAUGGCAGCCUAAAGGUGUCCUGACUUCAUCUUGAACUUUGUUUUUUUUAAAUUAAAUUGGUUCUCAUCAAUCUGUCUUUACUGUUAUCUACAAUAAAGUUUGUAUACAUGUUUUGCCAUA